CUCUUUAUCCACCAAGCAGCUUGCCGAUAUUGGGCUGCAAGAAUGGCAGAAGCUUUCGAAAUGGGAACUGAAAGGACUGGGUCAACUCGAAGCCUUCAUUCAUGCAGAAGAAGGGGUGGCUUUCCAGAUGGACAACCUCAUGUUCUGGGACUCGCUGGGCAGAGACGAUAGCCGGGCAAUCCAGGGUGAUGUUGAAAAGAAGAUGUCAAGCAAGUUCCGCAUCACACUUCUGCCCUCUGAAAAAAUUCUGCUGAGAGACUGGGUUGGUGGGUACCUUGCCCUGAGGCCUAUUGGUAGAUGCCAAAGCCAUCCCAUUUUGCCUGUCCAGUACUCAGAACAUUCAUCCUUGCAAUUUGAAGUAUUUCAUAGAGACAAUAAGGUAGCUUUCCGGGCCUGUAAUGGUCUCUUCUUGGCUAGAGUCUACAGGAAUUUCCACACCAUUGAAGCGGCCAAGCAUUCUGCGGAUGACAGCUGUUAUUUCCAGCCUGUGAUUGGUGACCUCAUUAGCCCCAGCUUUGAAAUAUUAAGUGUGACCCUGAGUGACCCCUCCAAUGUGAAUUGCUACCGCUGUCUCUUAAAGAAGGAGACCUAUAUCAACAGAAGUGAGAUACCACAGAGCCACAUCUUCACCAUGACUUGGGAAACCCAAGUUGCUGACAGAGUUUUCUGGAAUUCCCUGUGGGGGGUUGGUGUGGCAACUUCUCAUCAAUUUAAAAUCAUGGACAUGACUGCUAUACUGGAGUACAGCCAGGACAAUGAGAGGGCUGUCACUGUGGUGAGGAGUAUUUAUGAGACCUGCACAAAGCAAGUGGUGGUUCCUCCCAAGAUGAAAGCCACAGCCCACCUUGUGGCUAACAAGCGCAAUGCUACUGCCAUGCACUUCACGGCGAUAAUCCGAAAGGUGAUGUCUAAUGGGCAUGUAAUUAACAUGCAUCAGCGUGGUGCCUGGAGUGGGCUCAUCUAUCUUGAUGUCCAUCUGGAGAUCACAAUAGAAGAACAACUUGGUGAGUCAUGUAUAGCCAUGUGAAGCUACGGGACUGGUAUCUUCCAAGGGGAACUGAGGAUCAGGCUGUGUAUGGACUUCACUUCUGAGGAAAUGCAAUUGAUGGGGUUGCAGGCCUUCCUGGCUUGGUCCCUUGUAUGAUGCUGUUCCUUUGAAGAGGAGUUCCCUUCUGGUCUAGGUGGGAGGUGAUUCCCUCCUGGGCCAUCUGUGGUAUUUCCUGUUUGCCUUCAAGUGUCUGAAAGAAGCAAUUCCCUUUCCUUAUUCCAGGAGGAAGAGGUUUUAUAUUGCAGCACAGUUGAGAGAAAACUUAAAUAAAAUCACCACAUUGUCUUCCAAAA